GCAUCUUGUCAAACAAGGUUUUGGUAGACUAUAUAAACGAAAGCUUGCAAAGCCAUGAUCAGUUUGUGUAGACUCCCACCAUGAAGCUUGCUAUCCUCGCCCUCCUGGCCACCGCCGCCUCCGCCGCUACGCUGUAUGAAGCCCCGCGGGCACAGGCUCGCGCCUUCGACUCCGCUGAGAAUGUGCCCAUCCUGAGGGACGACCGCUUGAUCGACGACGACGGAAAGUACAACUUCGACUUCGAGACUGCCAACGGCAUCACGGUGUCGGAGUCUGGCGCUCCAGUGGGCGAGGACGGUGCCAUCAACAGCGCCGGUUCCUUCUCGUACACCGCUCCUGACGGCACUCCCGUGCACGUGACGUUCGUGGCUGACGAGAACGGCUUCCAGCCCCAGUCCGACCUCCUGCCCGUGGCUCCCGAGUUCCCCCACCCGAUCCCUCAGUUCGUCCUCGACCAGAUCGCCUUCGCCGCUGAGGAGGACGCCGCCCGCGCCCGCGGUGAGCUGAGGGGCGCCAGCCAACCCUCUAGCAGAUAUGGAGCUCCUUAGACGCUGACAGAAUUUAAAGUGAUUUAGGAAGGAACACUGCUCAUCACACCUCAUCCUCCAGGCGGACCUUCAUGCGCAGAUUAUUUAUUAUGCACUUGAUCCAUUCAUGUUAAUAAAGAAGCAAGUCACCGAAAGCA